AUGGACUUCCAGAGAGCCCUCUCCUCCCCGGCCCUGAAGGAUGCUCAGCUGGCUCUUGUGCAAUCGCAGAGGCAGCGUGGUGUUUGCGUGGGGGAGAGGGAUGAGCUGCCAGAGGGCAAUAUAAAGCAGGGAGCACGGAGUGGCCUCGGGGCAGCGGUGGGUGGAGGAGCAGAGCGUGGCCUGGAGAUGGAGAGGACUGUGAGAUGUUUGUUGCUGUUCUCUUGGCUCUGCCUGGCUGGCUGUGAAGGCAAUAAGGGUGAGCUGGUGAGCACACAUGGCCUGAGGCCACGGGUUGCCCUCCAUCUCAAGAGGAGCCCAGAUGUCUGCCUGUCAAACCCGUGCCAGCACCAGGGGCACUGCCAGGUGAUGGGGGACAGACCAGUUUGCAGCUGCAAACCAGGCUUCAAAGGGGAAUUCUGCCAAGAUGUGGUACUGAAGUUGGCCUGUGAGGAGGAGCAUAUGAAGAUGAUGGUGAGGAAGGAGGUGUUUGAACUCUUGAAAAUCCCACGGGAGCUUGUCCACUUGAAGAACCAGGCGUGCAAGGUCUCAGAAAAGGAAGAAGAGGGUGAGCUGUUUUUUUCAGCCACCCUCACUGGUGAAAACCACACUGCCUGUGGGUCAAUAAUCGAGAAAAACAGCUCCCAUGUCUCCUACUCCAACGUCAUUGAGUCAGAGCAGGAAGCCCAAGGGGCCAUGAUCUCCCGGAGUUUUCAGCUGGAAGUGCAUUUCUCCUGCAUCUAUGCCUAUGAGCAGGUGGUGAGGCUGCCCUUCGCUCUCACUGCUGUUGACAGGCUGGUGCAGUCCGUGGUCAGAGAAGGACACUUCAACGUCAGCAUGAGACUGUACAAGUCCCCCUCCUACCUCCAGCCUUAUCACCUGCCGACCGUGGCCAUCCCCCUCACAGACACACUCUAUGUCCUGCUGGAGAUAGAAGGACAGCAGCAGCUCAAGUACUUCCUGCUGAGUGUUUUGGACUGCUGGGCCACCCCAAGCACGGAUCCCUUCCAGAGCGUGCGGCACAAGCUCAUUGAGCAGGGGUGUCCCCAUGACGAGACAGUGACCUAUCUGAACGCCAUUGGAGAGAGCAGCACCGCCAAGUUCAGCUUCCAGAUGUUCCAGUUUGUUGGUUACCCCGAGGUGUUCCUGCACUGCCGUGUCCGGCUCUGCCUCCCCAGCAGUCCAGAGCCCUGUGCCAAGCAAUGCCCAAGGCACUGGAAGAACAAGCGGGCACUGGUGGAUGACUACAAUAAGAUUGUCUCCUAUGGGCCCAUCCACCUGCUGGCUGCUCCUUCCUUGGAAGCAGAGACCCAUCAUUCCAGCACUGACCAACAGGACCUGGCAGGACCCAACCCGUGGCUCCCCGGGGCCCUCGUCCUGCUGUGUGUGCUUGGUGUGCUCACCGUGGCGGGGGCAGCCGUCAGUGUGGGGCGGAGAAUGGGUUAG